GUUCCACCCUAGCCUCCUACAACAGAUAUGCCUGUGUGGAGAGAGGCGUCACAUUAUGUCGUCAAGGAGAUAUUGGUACCAGCUGGUAUGCUGUCCUCUUUGGCUCACUUGAAGUCAAAGUGUCAGAGACAGCAAAUCAUCAGGAUGCGGUUACGAUUUGCAAUCUGGGGAUUGGGACAGCAUUUGGGGAGUCGAUCCUGGAUAACACCCCUCGGCACGCCACCAUUGUUACCCGGGAAUUCAGUGAACUCCUCCGCAUUGACCAGAGGGAGUUCAAGUCUCUGUGGGAGAGAUAUCGUCAGUGCAUGGCUGGACUGCUAGCCCCAUCUUAUGGAGUUAUGGAAAGUGGUGGACCCAGCCCUGACAGAAUGCCAGACAAAGAGAACAUAAGCAACAACUCUUUUGGAUCCAUCUCUAAACAUCUGAGUAAGGUCCCAUCUGAGAAGAUCAUGCGAGCAGGGAAGGUUCUACGUGAUGCCAUCCUCUCCAGAGCUCCCCACAUCAUCCGAGACAGGAUGUACCACCUGAAGACAUACAGGUGGGUUGGAAUAUGUACACCUGGUACACUCAUAUCACAGCAAUGCUGUGUGGGAACAGAGCUGGUUGACUGGCAGAUGCAGCAGAGCUCCUGUGUUCACUCUCGCAUUCAAGCAGUGGGCAUGUGGCAGGUGCUGCUGGAGGAAGGAGUUCUCAACCACGUGGACCAGGAGCUGACCUUCCAGGACAAGUAUCUGUUCUACCGUUUCUUGGAUGAUGAGCAGGAUGACGCUCCCCUGCCCACUGAGAAGGAGGCCAGGGAGAGCGAUGAGGAGCUGCAGGAGACCCUCCUCCUCCUCUCCCAAAUAGGCCCUGACGCACACAUGCGCAUGAUCCUGAGGAAACAGCCAGGACAGAGGACAGCAGAUGAUUUGGAGAUAAUGUAUGAGGAGCUGCUCCAUAUAAAAGCCUUAUCGCACCUAUCCACCACUGUAAAGAAGGAGUUAGCCGGAGUCCUGAUCUUUGAGUCCCAUGCCAAAGCAGGAACCGUGUUGUUCAAUCAAGGGGAGGAAGGCACAUCGUGGUACAUCAUUCUAAAGGGCUCUGUAAACGUUGUCAUUUAUGGAAAGGGGGUUGUUUGCACGCUACAUGAGGGAGAUGACUUUGGGAAGCUUGCCCUGGUCAACGAUGCCCCCCGCGCCGCCUCCAUUGUCCUACGAGAGGAUAACUGCCACUUCCUACGUGUGGACAAGGAGGACUUCAAUCGGAUCCUCAAAGAUGUGGAGGCCAACACGGUGCGUUUGAAAGAGCAUUAUCAGGAUGUUCUGGUCCUGGAGAAGAGCCCCAGCAGCCAGGCCUCCACCCAUGGCUCCACCACCACCACAGCCACCUCCUCACACUAUAAAUACACUGUGAUGUCCGGGACACCGGAGAAGAUUCUGGAGCACUUUCUGGAAAUGAUGCGACUGGACUCUCACCUUAACGAAUCAGAUCCAGCUCUGGACGACUUUCUGCUCAUGCACUGCGUCUUCAUCCCUAACAGUCAGCUGUGUCCGGUGCUCAUGGCCCACUACCAUGCUGAGGCGUCCCAGGGCUCAGAACAGGAGCGUCUUGACUAUACCCUGAACAACAAGCGGAAGGUGAUCAGGCUGGUGCUGCAGUGGGCCUCAGUACAUGGAGACCACCUGCAGGAGGAGGAUGCCUCCCUCGCCUUCCUAGAGGAGUUCUUUGUGUCUGUAUCUGAUGAUGCCAGGGUGAUUCCUGCUCUGAAAGAUCAACUCCCAGAGUUAGAGAAGAUCGUUAAAAACAACUCUGAUGACGCCAGAUCCUCUCAACAAAAGCACAAAAUCCUGUUGAGGCAGUUCAGCAUGGGGGAUGAGAAGCUGCAGAAACGACAGGCCAUCAAGAGUAAUGAUGAGAUCCUGUUCAAAGUGUACUGCAGCGACCACACCUACACCACCAUCCGGGUCCCCAUGGCCGCCUCGGUCAGAGAGGUCAUCAGCGCAGUGGCCGACAAGCUGGGGUCAGCGGAGGACCUUCUCCUGGUCAACCUCAGUUCGGCCGGAGAUAAAGUGGUGCUAAAACCCAACGAUAUUUCCGUCUUCUCCACACUCAGCAUCAACGGCCGUCUAUUUGUCUGUCCCGGGGAUCAACUGGAUUCAUUGAUGCCCUUACCAGAGCAGGAAGGACCCUCCACAGGCUCCCUGGGCAGCUUUGAGUUGAUGAGCUCUAAAGACCUGGCCUACCAGAUGACUCUCUACGACUGGGAACUCUUCCACUGUGUACACGAGCAUGAGCUGAUCUACUAUACAUUUGGGAGGAAGAACUUCAAGAAGACUACGGCCAACAUGGACCUGUUCCUCAGGAGGUUCAAUGAGAUUCAGCUGUGGGUGAUCACGGAGAUCUGUCUGUGUGCUCAGCUCAGCAAGCGUGUUCAGCUGCUCAAGAAGUUCAUCAAGAUCGCUGCCCACUGUAAGGAGUAUAAGAACCUCAACUCCUUCUUCGCUAUUAUCAUGGGCAUGAGUAACCCAGCCGUGAGCAGACUGAGUCAGACAUGGGAGAAACUACCCAGCAAAUUUAAGAAGUUUUAUAGCGAAUUUGAAAGCUUAAUGGACCCGUCCAGGAACCACCGGGCGUACCGGCUCACUGUGGCCAAGCUGGACCCGCCCAUCAUUCCCUUCAUGCCGCUGCUGAUCAAAGACAUGACUUUCACUCAUGAUGGAAACAAGACGUUCAUUGACAGUUUGGUCAAUUUUGAGAAAAUGCGAAUGAUCGCUAACACAGUGAGAAUAGUGAGAUACUGCAGAAGUCUGCCAUUCAGUGCCGAACCAUCUCAGACCAGUAAGAACCACCUGGACGUGAGGAGCUAUGUGCGCCAGCUGACUGUGAUUGACAACCAGAGAACACUAUCUCAGUUCUCCCACAGACUGGAACCACGCAGGACCUGAAGCUUGGACGGACACUGGACAGACAUGUCACAUGCUGCUGCUCUACUGCCAACAAUAAGCUUGCUUUAUAUGUUGUACCAGUACACACACACAUAUUCACUUUGCUACAUGGAACUUCACAUUAUUAUACAUGCAGUAUAGUCAAGUAAGCUGCAGCUGCAGAGUUCAUCGGCUCCACCUUCAACUGUAUUUCAAAUGUCAGUAUCAUUUCUGCUGCUUGUUUUCCUUUGUGUAUCGUUUUCAUCUUUGUUAUCAAUGGGCAGCAGUCACUCCGCUUUAAAUUUCACCAAGUAUUUUCAAAUUCAUCUCAUUCUCAUGUCCCUGAAGCUCUAUUUUAAUUCUUUGAAGUCACCAGCCCCACGAAAAGGACACAAUCUAUAAAGCGAAUUAUCGUUUGGAAAUAAUCGUCCGUUUGAUUGUUGUACAAUAAUCUGUGAGGUUUAUGUUAAACGGAUAACUUUUCCAGGUGGAAACAUUGGCUCUUACUUCACUCUCUUAACCUCCUAAAUUCCAAAUCCUGAUAUUCAGAUGUUGUUUCCAAUCUUUUUUUCUAAAUCAGAUUUGAUGUUUUUUUAUUACACAUGUACAAUGUGUUCAUAUAUCUAUUAUGGCCUCAGCAUGCAAUGGUUUGAGAUGUUGGGCUGGGGUGUACAGUAUGUGAGCACGUUCCUCUUUGAAAGUCUCUAAGGUAACCGUUUUCUGCAAACAUUUUAGCCAUGUGUAUUCUGUAAAUAUUAAAAUGAAUUUGAUGUA